AGCGUCACGCGCUCCAUGGUAACGACGCUCGGCCCGAAGAUGGCGGCCGAGUGGGGAGGAGGAGCGGGUUACUCAGGCUCAGGCCCGGGCCGGAGCCGGUGGCGCUGGAGCGGGUCUAUGUGGGUCCGAAGCGUUUUACUCCUGUUGGGCGGGCUCCGGGCCAGCGCCACAUCUACUCCCGUCUCCUUGGGCAGUUCCCCUCCCUGCCGGCACCACGUCCCCUCUGACACUGAGGUUAUAAAUAAAGUUCAUCUUAAGGCAAAUCAUGUGGUCAAGAGAGAUGUUGAUGAGCAUUUAAGAAUCAAGACUGUUUAUGAUAAAAGUGUUGAAGAGUUGCUCCCUGAGAAAAAAAAUCUUGUAAAGAACAAGCUUUUCCCACAAGCUAUUUCUUAUUUAGAGAAGACUUUUCAGGUCCGUCGACCUGCGGGCACUAUCUUACUUAGCAGACAAUGUGCAACAAACCAAUACCUCCGGAAGGAAAACGACCCUCACAGGUACUGCACCGGGGAGUGUGCCGCGCACACGAAAUGCGGCCCCGUUGUUGUUCCAGAGGAACAUCUCCAGCAAUGCAGGGUCUACCGCGGUGGUAAGUGGCCUCAUCGAGCAGUGGGUGUGCCAGACCAAGAAGGCAUCUCAGAUGCAGACUUUGUUCUUUACGUUGGUGCUCUGGCCACCGAGAGGUGCAGCCAAGAAAACAUCAUCUCUUAUGCAGCCUAUUGUCAGCAGGAAGCAGACAUGGACAGGCCAAUAGCAGGAUAUGCUAACCUGUGUCCAAAUAUGAUCUCUACCCAGCCUCAGGAGUUUAUUGGGAUGCUGUCCACAGUGAAACAUGAGGUUAUUCAUGCCCUGGGUUUCUCUGCUGGGCUGUUUGCAUUCUACCAUGACAAAGAUGGAAAUCCUCUCACUUCAAGAUUUGCGGACGGCCUCCCACCUUUUAAUUAUAGUCUUGGAUUAUAUCAAUGGAGUGAUAAAGUAGUUCGGAAAGUGGAGAGAUUAUGGGAUGUUCGAGAUAAUAAGAUAGUUCGUCACACCGUGUAUCUCCUGGUAACACCUCGUGUUGUUGAGGAAGCACGAAAACAUUUUGAUUGUCCAGUUCUGGAGGGAAUGGAACUUGAAAAUCAAGGUGGUAUGGGUACUGAGCUCAACCAUUGGGAAAAAAGGUUAUUAGAGAACGAAGCGAUGACUGGUUCUCACACUCAGAAUCGAGUACUCUCUCGGAUCACUCUGGCGUUAAUGGAGGACACUGGCUGGUAUAAAGCAAAUUACAGCAUGGCUGAGAAGUUAGACUGGGGCCGAGGAAUGGGCUGUGACUUUGUCAGGAAGAGCUGUAAAUUCUGGAUUGAUCAGCAGAGACAAAAGAGGCAGACGCUGAGCCCUUACUGUGACACGCUCAGAAGUAACCCACUGCAGUUAACUUGCAGACAGGACCAGAGAGCAGUUGCAGUGUGUAAUUUGCAGAAGUUCCCUAAACCUUUACCACAGGAAUACCAGUACUUUGAUGAACUCAGUGGGAUACCUGCAGAAGAUUUGCCUUAUUAUGGUGGCUCCGUGGAAAUUGCUGACUAUUGCCCUUUCAGUCAGGAAUUCAGUUGGCAUUUAAGUGGUGAAUAUCAGCGCAGCUCAGAUUGUAGAAUACUGGAAAAUCAACCAGAAAUUUUUAAGAACUAUGGCGCUGAAAAGUAUGGACCUCAUUCAGUUUGUCUAAUUCAGAAAUCAGCAUUUGUUAUGGAAAAGUGUGAGAGGAAGCUGAGUUACCCAGACUGGGGGAGCGGAUGCUAUCAGGUUUCUUGUUCUCCUCAAGGUCUGAAAGUUUGGGUCCAAGAUACUUCAUAUUUGUGUAGUCGGGCUGGGCAGGUCCUCCCCAUCAGUAUCCAGAUGAAUGGCUGGAUUCAUGAUGGAAACCUACUCUGCCCAUCGUGUUGGGACUUCUGUGAGCUCUGUCCUCCAGAAACAGAUCCUCCAGCUACUAACUUGACCCGAGCUCUGCCACUGGAUCUUUGCUCCUGUUCCUCAAGCCUGGUGGUCACCCUCUGGCUUCUGCUAGGCAAUCUGUUUCCUCUACUGGCUGGAUUUCUUCUGUGUGUAUGGCAUUAGGAAUGGAAAAGUGGGUCUUCAAGAUAUCCUUUUAUGUUAUGUUCAUGUGAACAAAGCACAAAGUUUGAGUGAGUGCCAGCCUAUGCAGAUGGCAGAAGUGGCAUUCCUGAGUUUGGCUUAGAAGAGUUGACGACCAUCAGACCUUAAAGCAGAACUUCACAGCUGCCUGUCCUCAUCAGCAACCCAGCCACCUUCAUCAGCAACCCGGCCACCUUCAUCAGCAACCCGGCCACCUUCAUCAGCAACCCGGCCACCUUCAUCAGCAACCCGGCCACCUUCAUCAGCAACCCAGCUACCUUCAUCAGCAACCCAACCACCUCAUCUUGGAGAAGGAGAAGGAACUGCAAGUCACUUAGGAUUUGUAAUCUUCCUAAAGUUUUCCUUUGAAAAAAGGAUAAUGGGUGGAAUUUUCAGAGUGAUUACAUACCUCAACAUUUUUAUUAACAUAUAACAGUGGGAAAGUUCAUCAUCCAUAUACUGCAGUAACUUAAACAACAGCUAAUUAUUGCAAGAUUAGAAUUAGAGAUCUUGUCCUUAAAAGUAUAAAUUGUCCUUUGAUUUAUAGAAAAUAAUUGAAUUGGGAUUUCUACAUAUCAUUAUUAUACCUAUUUUAAAUGUAAUGGCAGCUGGGCAUGGUGGUGCAUGCCUGUAGUUCCAGCUACUUGGGAGGCUGAGGCAGGAGGAUCGCUUGAGCCCAGGAGUUCGAGGCUGCAAUGAGCUAUGAUUGCACCGCUGUAUUCCAGCCUGAGCAAUAGAGUGAGACCCUGUAUCUUUAAGAAAAAAAAAUUAAUGGCUGUAUAUAGUAAAUUAAUUCACUGUUCCCAUUGUUUAUUCUAAAGAAUUUUUUUUAAAUGUUUCAUUAAAUCUUAUGAUUUAACCAUGUUUGCCCUUUUUGCCAGCUGUGUGGCAGUUUAUGGCAGAACUGCUGUCAGUGUGCUGGUAGCCAUCUAUUCAUUCCUUUUCAGAGCUCAGCUUCCAGAACUGCUAUCAGUGUGCUGGUAGCCCUCUGUAUUCAUCCCUCUUCAGAGCUCAGCUUCCAGUUGUAUUCUUCAUGAGUUUGAUAAUGACAUGAAAAAAUGUGGAAACAGAGAGAGUAAAAUACUCUGCCCGGUAAAAACAUGGAAGACGUGCAAACAGAAAAAAACAUAAUUGUAUUUUUUUGAUAAUACUUAAGACAAUUGUGAUCCAACAAAAACAGAACUAUUCCUUUGUGACCGAUGAAGAUAAGAAAUUCUGGCAGACAGGUAUGCAAUUUUUUAAAGUGGUUUAAGAAAUUAUUGCAGAAGAAUUUCCAACAUCUGAAAAUGGUUUUAUGUAUAAGAAGGAAAAUACAAGUUAAAACGAGAUGGUCUGAAUUGUGUACUAAUAGCAAGGUACAAGUUUGGAUAGAGCCUAUCCAGUAGCAUCCACUGUACCACUUUAAGUAGGACUCAGUCCACAGAAGCUGGAAUAUUGCCUUUGCUUUAAAUAUCCUUUACCUCCUGCAUUUGACACUCCUGCUAUUACUGGUAACAUAGAUUCCAGUCACCAGAAGUAAUUUUACACUGGUAAUAGAGCUUACCAGCCCCAUUUAGUAAUUCCUAUUUGAAAUUUCUUAAUGUUCAGAUGAGGUUUAACAAGAAUAUGAAAA